CACUUGUCAUCACAUAUAUUCACACCUUUUAAAAGGAAUCAUAAAAGAAGUCCAGUUUCGCGCCAUAUUGAUUAAGAUUCAUUUCGUCACUGUUGCUGCGGUUGCUAUCUCUUCGUUAUGACAACAACAAUAAUAGGCACUGGGCUGCGAGUAAAUCAAAAUGGAAACGUGAUUGCUGGGAUGUUGAUAUCCUUAUAAAAACAAUCAUAAUCCACCACGAUUAAACUUCUAUUUGCGUAUUUCAUUCGAACAUAAUUACAAACAUAUACUGGUUGGACUUUCUGGAGGCAGAUGUUUGCAGAAUAUAUUACUUUUAAAGCGCAAACGCCAACGAACGAAAAGAACCCGGCCUAAACCAUCAUUGUUGCUUUUUGUAUGAUUUUACAAAGCUGUGGUUUAUGGGAAACAAGACCAUGAUACAUGAAAAAUGGGAGAUGCACCAAUUUUGAAACGUUUGUUGUCGCCUCGAGAUUAGAUUCAUGAUGUACGAUGCUACUGCUUGCCUGCUUUUUUAAUCGCGAGGCGAUAAACGACCAUCGCUUUUUCGUUAGGAGCGCCUUUGAGAUUAUUUUUGAAUUGACAAGCGCCAAACUUUGUACAAACAAUUUGCAAGAAUGACAAGCGAAAAUUUUGACUUCGAACUUGAUGAAACUGCUUUGCAGGACCUUUAUACGUGGAUCGAUGAAAUUCCACUUACAAGGCCAAAGAAAAAUAUUUCCAGAGAUUUUAGUGACGGUGUCCUAGUUGCAGAGAUUGUUCACCAUUUUUUGCCAAAAGUGAUUGACUUACAUAAUUAUGUUGCUGCCAAUGGAAAUCAAGCAAAAGCAGACAAUUGGAAUCUCCUGACAAGGAAAGUUUUGACUAAACUUGGUUACAAUGUACCACAACAGUUGACAAAAGGCAUAAUUUCAAGUAAACCUGGUGACAUAGAGAAGUUUCUCUACAGGCUCAGGCAAAAGAUUGAAACAUUUCAAGCAAAGAAAAAGGCUGCGGCUUUGCGAGAGAAGGAACAAGUUUAUGACGAGUUAGGAGGUGAAAUGAGUAGCAGAAGUGAAGAGUAUUAUGCGCAAAAUCUUCCUUACAACGAUGGAUCAUACCGGCCACCAAAUGGACAACUCGGAGGUUAUGCCAUAGACUAUGGCAGCAAUGGAGUUGGUCAGAAUCACCCAUUUUACCCUCCCACCAAUCAACAACAACCACAGCAGCAGCCGCCGUAUUAUUAUCAAAGUGAGCCUCGUACAAUCCCUGAUAAUCGAACAUACCCGCCAAUGGGCCCAGACAAUUCCAAGCAGCGACAGUUUUCAGAGAGUUCUCCGCGAUCUAAUGGAGUUGUACCAGGAAAAGCAGGAGACAAAAGGGUAUCUGUUCAACCGCCCAACCAAAACGAAAAUGAACUUCAAGCAUUGAAAAUUGCUUUAGAAGAAAAGGAACAAGCCCUGCUCUCCUCUCAAGAAACAGUCCAGAUUCUGAACGUGAAAGUCAGGAGACUGGAGCAUCUUUUACACCUAAAGAACCUCAGAAUCGAUGAUCUAACGAGCAAGUUGAAUGGCACUCAAAGAAUAACCCCACAAAACCAAAUGGCACAUCCACCCAUGCAGAAUCAGAACUUUUCGUCACCUCCUGGGCCAGGGUACGGCCAGGUUCAGCCCUUAAAACCGCACCCACCCUUGCCAGACAUUGCACCAAAAGCUGGGGUAACAAGGCAUUAUCGCUAGGAUGCUUUCAUGUAUUUUAAGCCACCCUGCAACGCAGUUGUAGAUACGAACUAGGCCCUCUAUAAAUAGGAAAUAUUUUAAUCACCAGGAACAAGUAUUGAUAAAACAGUUUUCAUCAUUUCAUUUCAUUUCAAGGUUUAGUACAUCGCAUUUGAAACCUGUUUUACAGGAACUUAACGGAACUUUUACAGGAUAAUUUCAAAAACGAAACACUCUCCUCAUAAUCUAGGUUUACAGUAUUUACAUCAAGCAAUUGUAAUCGAUUUAAACAUACACGGCAUUUGAUUUUUCAUUUUUCCUGUUAAAAUUGUAAAUACUCAAUUGUAUCAUUAUGCGGCAAA